UACCUAGCUACUAAAUAGUACCUACCAAUUCUCUUAUUCUCCACAUUUCAUUUAGUUUAUUACGAACUGUCCAGUUAAUAUUUUUAAAAAUUCAUAUAUUGUGUUAUUUUUCAAGAAUUUAAUGAAAAAAAUAUUCAUUCAAUAUGAUUUAUAAAAGCAACAAGUUAUUGUAUGUAUUAAUCUUGAUUUGCACAAACAUUUUGAACGUUUCUGAAAGCACAGUUUCAUUUUACCGUCAUACAAAUGAUCCUUUUGAACAUUUUGACAUUACUACAAUUUAUAGAGUCACAAAUAUGUCGUCAUUCAAUAGCGCCAAUGGUACCUUCAAUGGAAUGAAUUCAGUUAUUGAAAUACAUUCGAGAACCAAUGCUAUUGGAAUGCCAAUAGAAAGCGAUGGCGAUGAUAUUCAUAUCAUAUCAACGAAUAUAAAAGAAAUCAUUGAUUUUGGAUUAUUUAAGAAUAAUAGUCGAAUGAGUACUUCAUAUAACUCAACUGAUUGGUAUCGACAUACUAUAGACUUAAAUGGGCAACAUGGUUGUAUCAGAAAGUACAAUAACUAUCGAACAAUGAAUACAAGAAACCAAUUGAACAAAUGCUAUUAUGAUGUUUAUGAAUAUAGAAUCGAAAAAUGCGUUUUAGACAAUUAUUAUGCAAGUGAUUUACCUAUUAUCUGUAAUUUUUUCACCUUUUAUUGGACACCCGAUAAAGAUGAUCAAACAUGUUUAACAAUGACAUAUUAUAUCAAAUCUGAAUCAUACAACGAUCUGAACAAUCCUUUUGUUAUCACGAUGACUGUAAACGAUGAAAAUAAUAAUAUGUUGAUACCUCAAACCGUAUUGGAGCAAUAUGAUGGUAUAAUAACAUUGAAAAUUACUGAUAUUGAUUUUAAGAACAAUCAAGAACAUAAAUUAUCAUUACAAUUAACCGCUAUGGACAGCUCUGGUGCUCAAAACUUUUAUCAAUAUUUUAAAUUUGGACUCAUACGAAUUGCACAAUGUUCGAACUAUGAUGAAGAAGACGUUCGAAUUAUUUCUGUUGAUCAUAUUUCUGGAAAAAAACCAAAACCAUUCAAUAUUCUAGGAAAUAGUAUAUUUGAACCUUCUAAUUAUCAAGGUCCAUGUUUAAAUGGUGGAUAUAUUGUUAAGCAAUCGUCAAAAUGCAUUUGUCCUCCUGGUUUUAAAGGGCAAUUAUGUGAGACAGUCCAACCUUAUUCUUAUGACGGUCCAUGUUUAAACGGUGGAUAUAUUAUUGGGGAAUCGUCAGAAUCGUCAAAAUGCGUUUGUCCUCCUGGUUUUAAAGGGCAAUUUUGUGAGACAGGUUGUGGUGUAAACUCCUUUGGAUCCGACUGUAAAGGAGUAUGCUCUAUACAGGCUGAUAUGUGUCGUGGUAUGUUCAUGUGUACAAGUUAUGGAUGUACAUGCCCAGCGGGACUAACUGGUCCAUUGUGUAACGAAGAUUGUACAAUAGGUACAUAUGGAGCUGAUUGUAGACAAAAUUGUUCCGAUAAUUGUCUUAAUAAUAUGUGUGAUCAGUAUACAGGUGGCUGUUUAUAUGGUUGUUCAGUUGGAUAUAUACUACCAAAUUGCAGUGAAAGUAAGAUUAUUUUGUUAAAAAAUUCACGAUUAGUUUAAAUAAAUGAAAUAAGUCGACUGAUAUAACUAUUUAAUGAUAAACAAACGGUAUUUUGUUACU